AUGCCCCACGGCUGCCAGAUCACGUUCACGCCGCGCGACUCGGGCGCCGUACGCACGCUGGCGCCUUCUACGCCAACGACACCAUCUAAGUCUGGCUUCGACAGCGCUCUCAGGCCGACUGCUUCGACUUCUUCCCUCUCUUCUCAUCUGGGCUCAUCAUCCCAUCGACAACCGGACGAAAGCGGCGAGCAAGACUCGCUUGUGACUUCCACCUCCGUAGCGGAGGCCGACAUAGAGGAGAUUGAGGCGUCUUCUGACUCUACAUCGCCCAUGCCUACGGCGCAAGGCAUCGCGUCGCCGCCGUAUAUGACACAGCGGAUACCGGCGGAUGAGGACUACCAUCGCCACGCGGGAACCCGACAUCGCAAAAAUGCAGGAUUAGGCUUCCAGGACAGCCAGGUGCAUGUGAGGAGAGGCUCGGACGACAUGUCUACGGAUGAUAUGCAGCCGCACAGCUGCCCUCCCACGAGCAGGCCGCGUAACUUCGCGCCGACCACACCUUUGCAUGGGAACUACAAGGACCAUCGCAGUCGACCUGUGUCCGCGACGUUGCCCCUGCAGUCGACCAACCGCGAGAAUGUGUACGCCAGCGCCAGCGCCAGCCCCAAAGCGUACUCAGGCAGCCCGGGCGGGAAGCGGCAGUAUACUCGGCCAGCGAGCCUCGCCACAAUCCGCUACUCAAGCGCCGAAUCGGUCGCGCGCUCGCAGCUUGGCUCUCCCUACAUCCAAAUCACCCCUCCCGCCGAUCGCAGCAGCCAGUUCUCCGUCGCAUCCUCCUCGCCCAAAACCAUCCUGUUCUACCACAAGCACGAUCCGUACUAUGGCUUCACGAACUUCUCCGAUCAUCCGGUGAUCUUCGAGGGCAAGACAUAUCCAACGAGCGAGCACCUCUUCCAGGCGUCGAAGUUCCUCGAAUACCGCCCACUGCUUGCGGAGCAUAUCCGCAAGGUGUCGCGCAGGCCGGCCGUCGCGUUCUCUGAGGCGCGUCGCUUCCAGCCUGAAGUCCGGCCAGAUUGGCUGCAGGUCAACAUACAAAUGAUGGACCGAGCCAUCUACCACAAGUUCAAGCAGCACCAUGAUCUUUAUGAAGAACUUUUAUCAACUGGCGACGCAGAGCUCAUUGAGGACUCCGACAAGGAUGCCUUCUGGGGCGUCGGCGCCGACCGCAAGGGCCGCAACGAGCUCGGCAAGGCCCUCAUGCGCUUGCGCGACAGACUCCGGAGGGAGGAGGAAGAGGAAGCUAGGGCGAUUGCUGAGGCCGCCAAGGCAAGUCCGCCGCCCUCUCCCAGAACGGGCGGUUUGAACAACUUAUAG